AUGCGAUCGUGUGGCCUACGCGAGUUUUACGAGUAUUUAACGCGCGUCGAGGGCGGGGUGGGGGGCAGUCGCGCACGGGCGGGCGCGGCGUCCGGUGCUCAGCGUCGGACGUGGAAGCACUGGCACUACGCGUGCGGAUGUCACGAGGGCCGGGCGCCAGCGCCGCUGGGCUCCGCCACCGCCGGCGACACCGGCCCGCGCACCGCCUCUAUG